AUGUUUCACGCUGGUGUGCUCCGUCAAAAUUUUGGCUCUUCUUCUUUGGUGCAACAAAUGGCAACCAUGUUCAAGAAGAGCCUUUUAUCAUCCUCAUUAACAUUUUCAUCAUCAUCACUAUACCCACCACUAUUACUCAUGAACACAUCAAGUACCUUUCGGACCUUCCGUAGUGGAACACUCCAUGCUGCUGCUGCUGCUUCUUCCAAACCAACACUGAAGACCCACCAUGACUCCAUGGAGUCGACUCGUAAAUCAUGUUCUACGACCAAGAUCACAGCCAAGACUACCACCAAUAUGACCACGACCAAUAUGACUAAUACCACGAAACAACGUAAAUCACAACCUUCCCUUUCCGAUAGUAAUUUAAAAAGUUUAGAAAUGUCCAAAACUCUUCAUUCUCUUUCGCAUCAAGAAGAGGCUCUUCAAGAACAUCAAUCAAGUGAUGAAUAUCCAUUGACAUUUCCUGAAAGACAUGCCAUUUCAAUUCUCUAUCAUUAUCAUCAAUCUCUAAUUGAAAAUCCAUCUUAUACUCUUGAUAAAUUUAUUAGCAAUUAUUUAAAGGCUAACAAAAUAGGAAAAAACAAUAAGGAAAUGAUCAUUUGUGCAUGUUAUGAAAUUGAAAAAAUAUAUUUAUUAUUGGAUUACAUGUCAAAGAAAUUUAAUUUUGAUGAAAUGAAAGAGAAAUUAGAAAUAUCACUAGAUCAAUACAUUAAUCGAAUGAAUAUGAUGAAAAUGAAAGAAUUAGGUCCUAAUGCUCAUUUUCUUCCAAAAUCAGUAACAUUUGUUGAAGAAAAUAGAAAAUCAGUUCUUCACUGGAGACUUUUGUAUGCAUUGUAUAAGCAAUAUUUUCAUGAACAAGAUUUUGAACAAGUGGUUUUCCAUCAUUCUGAUCUUCUAUUUGAAAAGAUUCCCAUCAAUGUUAAAUUGAGUUGUCCUGCUCAAUUGUUUGAUAUUCUAUGUGAAGAAUAUGGUGAAGAGAAGGCGAUUGAAAUUUGUUUGAUUAAUAAUUCAGAAGCACCUGCAUUUGGAAGAGUCAAUGAUGUCAAGGUGAUCAAUGGUAAAAUGAAUGCUCAACAAACUCAACAGAUAGAUGCUACAAGUCGUGAAUCACCGAGAGAUGAUGAUACUGCUGCUGCUACUACGACUUCUUCUUCUACUAGAACUCUAUUCCACACCGACAGCUCUCCUCAAGUGUUAUCCACUGAGCAAUUGAAAAAAAAGGCUCGAAAAUUCAUCAAAAAACUCUCUGAAAAAUAUUCACAAGAGGUUGGAAAAAUCACACCAAGUAAAUUGACGACCUUUGGUUUUAGAUUUGAGAAGAAGACAGAUUUUAGACAAUGGCCAGAAUUUAAGGAAGGUUUCUUUGAAAUACAAGAUGAUAGUAGUCAAUAUGUUGUGGAUGAAUUGAUUAGAAAUGGAGCUUUAAAACAAAUAACAUCCUCAAAGCCACUUGUAUUGGAUUAUUGCUGUGGAACUGGUGGUAAAUCAUUUGCAUUGGCUGGUGCUCUUGGAGGAAAAGGUCAAAUCUAUAUGCAUGAUAUUCGAUUAGAGAAAUUAUCUUCAGAAUUGAAGAGAAGAGCACAUCGAUUAGGUAUUGAGAAUAUUCAACCACUUGAACAUGAUCAUCCUCAUUGGGAAAAAUUGAAAGAAAAGAUGAAUUUAGUCAUUCUCGAUGUUCCAUGUACAGGAACAGGUACUUUGAGAAGGAAUGUCGAGUUGAAAUACAAAAUUAAUUACAAUUGGAUCAAAGAACUAACCAAAAAGCAAAGAGAAAUUAUUGAAAAUGCCAUACCCUAUGUGAAGAAGGGAAAUUAUUUGCUUUAUUCCACAUGUUCCAUUUUGAGAAAGGAAAAUGAAGAUCAAAUUGAAUACAUUUUGCGAAAACACAAGAAUUUUGAAUUGGUUCAUCAGGUCAAGACAUUACCACUUUUGAAUGGAGGAGAUGGUAUGUAUGGAGCACUUUUAAGAAGAAUUGAAUAA